CAGGAAGCAGCACAAGGCGAACACCGCAAAGAAUCCAAGAAUCCAAACCAAAAGAACAAAGAAAAAGGUGCAGAGGGAGAGGAAAAGUAUUGCAGCUCUUUGCCAGCAGAUCCAGCAGAGAUGCCAGAAGUUCCAAUAGAGCCGCCAAGACGUCUGCUCAGACAUAUUCCAACGUCUGAGGAAAUCUCUCAGAUGGCAAAGGACAUCGAUGCGGGUCUGCUCGAUCCAGACACUUGGCCCUUAAACUGCCGCGUGAACGGAACCACAUCCCCUUUACCAAAAAGGCGAUAUGACAAGCCACCCGCAACACCACAGCCAGAAGCGAAGCCUGCCAGACUUGUGCCGUCGCCAGACGAAGAUGCUCGUGCUGUCGAAGCGCUUCUCGCAGCGGAGAAAAAACGAGAGGAGCGGCUGGCCAUGAAAGCGACUCCGAUUGAGAGUAGUCAUCGUUUCUUGGAAUAUCCGGGCUUCCCUGACGUACCCCUUGACUUGCGUUUGAAACAACUACGCAGGUGGGUCAAGGCCAACAGAAAAGAACCUCCAGGGUGUGAAGCUGUGGAGAUCGACGAGCUCAUUAAUGCAGGAAAACGCAUCCAUCUAUACCCUUCACUAACUCGCCCACGGAGCUACUGUUCGGAGCCCAAGGAAGCCGCUGACGAAGUCAUCGUGAUGCAAGACCAAAUGGAUGUGCCGCUUGAAGUAGAACAAGCCAAUUCCCUGCAGAAUAAAAUGCCAAGCCCAUCCCAUCAAUUGGUGCCUGGACUACGGAUAGAAGUGGCUAUGCCGGAAGACCUGCAGCAGCUGCAGACAGUUGCAGUUCCCUCGGAGGAGGAGAAGGUCUUGAAAGUGGAGGAACAACGGCAGCCUGCAGACAUUGGAGAUGUGCAGCCCAAGCCAAAGGAUCAGGCCGAGUGCCAGCAGUGGCUACACAAGACUAGCCAAGUCCUAACUAUACAAUACAGGUCAUUGCUGCGGGAAGACCGGUAUCAAGGGGACAUCGAUUUCGAGAAUGAAAUCGAAAAGGAGCAGCAAAAUCAUCGCAUGAGCCACGCACAUCCCUCGACCUUGCCAGAAAAUGGCUGGCAACGGAGCUACCGCUCAAUGCUGGACAAGUUCGAGGACAUUUGCGAGGAAACUGCAGGCGAAUAUCGCGAUCCGCAGGCCAAACGUUUGCGUAGCAAAUGGUUUGAGCGAUUUGGCAAGGGCUCGCGUCAAAACCUGUGCCGCAAGCUGGACACAAAACUUCCGACGGUCCAAUCACAGCUUCUGCUCAAGUUUAAUAUAAUGUCCCAACGGAAAAGGAAGGCCUUGGAAACCCAGACCCUGCGGGUUGAAUUGAAAUAUUGCAGAAAUUUUUGCACCCUGCACUUAAACCAGACAAUCGAUCUCAAGUCGGCGGCCAGAAAACUGCCACGAUGCGACUACAAUGGCUACAUCAAUGUGCUCCAAAGGUGCAUGAAUCCCCACCAGCACUCGGAGCAUAGUCGGAUAUCGUGGCUCUGGCCAAAUGGCACACUGACGAUUAUUAAUGGCUGCCGCGAGGACAAGAAGGACUUAGCCGAUAUUCGGGACAAGCUGCUAGCCCCCAUUUUAAAUGUUCCCCACUUUAAAGCGGCUCCAGGGCACAAUGUGCAAUACCUGCGCAUGCGGUCAACGGCCCAUUUAAUCCAACAAAUCAACCUAAAGAUAUUCGCCGAACGGUUUGUGCUCUCCACCCAGACGUGUCGCGAUGAGGUCAAUUCGGAAUAUGUCUAUUAUGUGACCAGUGAAAUACCAGGCGUGGUGGCCCAGCUGCAUGACCAUGGGCGUGUCUACGUGUAUGCCAUGACCAUCCAGGAGGCGGACAAGAUGUUGGUUAAACUAUACACCCUGAUCCAAAAUCACUGCCAGGUUCUUGUGAAGGUUGAGCCCAAGUAAAGGGAGAAUACGUGUGGGAACUACCUGGAGCAGAUAUUUUUUGUAUUCAGAAAAAACAGAAAAUUCUAAAUACGCACAGAUACAGACACCGUCACACAGAUAUACAGCAAAGAUACAAAAACACAAAUUAAAUUAGCACAACGCUAAAUGAUCACACGGUCGCUCUAAAAGAAAACAAGAAAGAAAACACACACAAAGUCCACCGAAAAGUCCAGCAACAAC